AUGAGGUCUUCCGACUAUAAGAUCCACCGUCCUGAGAGCCGUAAUUUUAGCGGGUGCAUUGAAGACCUUACAUUCCGUGGUGCAAACCUGAUCAGAAAGGCUGAAACCAAACGUCCAGAGGUCAGUGUGUACGGGAAUGUGGCAUUUAAGUGCGAGGAACUCGAUUAUAGGGUAGUAACACUUCCGAUUCCGAACACAGGCUUUCGAGUGACUGUACGUAAGUUACACGCAGACAACGACACAUUUUCAACGAGUUUUUACUUUCGUACAUACAUCAAAGAAGGCCUUCUGUUGUCGCGAAGCGCGAUUAAGGUGAAGUUAAAUUUGCGAUUGUCACAUGGCACUUUGAUUUAUAAUCUUAUGGCUCCAGACGGCUCAAGGACAACAUUAAAACUGGGUUCUGAACUUGACGAUGGAGAAUGGCAUAAAGUCAACGCUAGUGUCAGAGGGCAAGAAGUUCGCUUGCAACUCGACGAGAAAAUCCGGACAGAACCUUUGAACCAAUCACGGCCUUUAAUGCUGGACUUCGCAAAUAAAGCUCGCCUGAAAAUAUUUCUUGGUGCCUUUGAAGAGAGAGAUUUUCCCGGUUUCGUUGGGUGCGUUUACAACUUACAGAUAGACAGUCAUAGGAUUAAAGUGAAUAAUCUCAAAAAACGCGGCAAACACACUAAUAUAAAUUUGCGAAACACUUGCCGCUUACAGAAUCGCUGCCAGCCGAAUCCGUGUAAAAACCGAGGCAUAUGUACACAGACUUGGGACAGGUUUUACUGUAAUUGUAAAUACACCGUAUUUGAAGGGGAACGAUGCGAUAUUUCCAUUUACGAGGCCACAUGCGAAUAUUACAAAGCCAUGGGGUUGGAGAAAAGUGCUUUGUGUUUGCUUGACUCAGUAGGUGGUGGAACGCCAUAUACAGCAUAUUGUAAUUUAACCCGGGAUGCCGCAAAAACGACAAUACGUCACGAUAAAAUGACUAAAACGAGAGUAGGAGAUGGGAUUAUGAAAGGAUCUGCUUAUCUUAAUGAAAUAACGUACUCCAUUGGCAUGGAACAAAUUGAACAACUAAUUAGGAAAAGCAGGCAAUGUCGCCAACAUGUUAGGUUUCAUUGCUUCUUUUCUGAGCUUCUAAAUUCGCCCAAUGGGCCUCCUCACGCCUCGUGGCUGUCACGUGACUCGGGGAGACAAAACUAUUGGGGCGGAGCUGAACCCGGAAGUGAAAAAUGCGCAUGCGGAAUGGAUGUCCCGCCAACUUGUAAGAGUCCCUCUUAA